AUGGUGAAUUGGGACAGCACAAAGGAGCCAAUUGGCCGUGUGGGCCAAGGAGUAAUGCCUCCAGCCCUUGGCGAUCGCAUGGACAAAUUGGCAAAGCGCUCGUCUAGAGACAUCACGAUCGAUGAGAAUAUCAGCAUCCUCGACCCUCGACGAUUCACACCAACACUUCAUGCAAACCUCGUAUCCGAAAUCCUCUCCUUGCGAAGAGAUCAAGAUGAAAAGCUUCGCGUCAUCGAAAGCUUGGAGACAACUCUCCAUGCAACAAAGGAAGAGCAUAAAUCGCUCCAGCAAAAUUUCGCCACUGUUUCAAAGGAGAGCCGAUCCAUGCAGCGCCAAAUGUCGUUGCUAGAGGGAGGCACUUCGUCUGCGCUAGGAGAACUGGCCAGAGAACGUGACGAAGCUGUCGAUUCUACUUUUGAGACGAAGAAACGCCUUGACGCGGCGCAAAAGAAGAUCCGAACUCAGGAGGACGACUCCCAGCGUGUACAUGAUAUGUGGGAGAAGGAAAAGCUGAGUUGGGAAAACGAAAAACGAAACUACGAGCGCAAGCUCCAUGUUGCAGAGAGCCGUUUAAAGGGCGUCUUGGAAGAGGUUACUGCUUUUCAAACUGCCCAUGCAGAGGACCUGGAAGCACAGGCAGCACAAAAGCGCGAAAGAGAUGGAGAGGAGAAUAUAAAAGACGAUGGCGCCAGCAUCAGAACUAUGAGUUUGACAAACAGCCUUCGAUUUUCCGUUCUCAGCAGCCCAACCGGCCAACCGAUCGGAAACUCUCUUGCCGACGAACUUGGAUUCGAUGCAGACGACGAUGAGCACACUGAUGAUGCCCAUGACGAGCCGUUCUCCAGCCCUGAGCCUCAACCUACACCAAGCUUUCGAAACAGUUCCCCUGUUCGUCGCAACAUCCUACAGAGCAUCGAUAGCGCAGCACAGGCCAACAUGACACCCAAAGCCGAUGCUGUUGUCGAAGCCAGCAAGGACUUGCCUCGACCAAUUUAUGUGGAAACUGGAGUGCAAUACUCUCCUCCGUCAUCCCCAGUUCCAGCACACGAAAGGCUUGUAGAGCGGGACUCGGCUGUUAUGCGCCUUGUCAAGACACUUGAGUCUGGAAAUGCUUCACGUAACGAUGUCGACAUUGAAGCCAACCAGCGGCGCAAGAGAACACAGGUACACAGGAUUUCUAACCCUGGCAUGCCUUUGAUGACCUCCAGUGCAGCUCAAACCGCAACACUGCCACUUAGCCCGCCAUGGACACCAAAGCUUGAUGAAGAGGAGGCGGCGGCUGUUUUCUCUGGAUUCCCACCCAAGCUUGGUAUGGUUUCCAGCUGCACCCAGACUGAGCUUCCAAUUGUCCCAGUGGAAGUUGUUGUUUCUCCUCCUGCUCCAGCGCCAGCUGUUUCCGAAAUUGUGUCGCCAACCGCUAUGCCUAUCCCUUCCAUCAGUAUCCAACCUCCCACCAGCCGCCCGGCGAGCCCCAGAAUACCGCGACUACCUCAGCACUUUAAGGAUUUUGGUUGCCAAGUAAAUAUUUCCUACAAGGCACCAACGUCUGACAGCUCUGUUCAAACCGAAGGAAUCAAGGUCGACCAGAGACUUGCCAAGCUUCCACCACACCUGCAGCCUUCGUCCAUCACGUCUCGUCCCAGCUCACCAGUGGAAUCCAGACCUGGACCUGAAACCAACUUUACUCCAGUUCCCGGUAACCGUUUGCCCCUUCGCAUCCCCACACUUCGAGGCGAUGAGGCUUCGCAACUUAGUGGUGCUCUCAAGGACAGCCAUGCGGAUAUUUACCCCGGGAAUGACGACGGACCUCUCUCAGGUCUACAAGAAUCUGCUAUUCGUCGUCCGCGACGCAUUAGCAGCUUGUUUGCUGGCUUUGAAUCCGCCACCUCAGAUGAUGGCGAAGAGUUUGGUGAGGCAGAUGUCAGCGAUUCUGAAUACCGUACCGCCCUCUCUGCCCCAAGACCGUUUUCUCUUAACAAGAACACCCGCCGUCAGUCGUCGGCGACUGGAACUACCUCUCCUGAUGCAUCGAUCCAUCAACGCAUGUCAUCGAGGCCUUCCAAGCCAUACAACUCGAUUGACCUUGUCAACUCAUUUGGUAUAAUGGAAUUGGAUUCCCACCGAGACAGCAUGCUCGUCAACCAAAAGCAUAGUCGCAUGUCAAGCAGAACAUCGGAUAAGUCUUCGGCCAUGCUCUCCAGCCAUUCCAACUACACGGGCAUGCGGAAAGCUGCCAUGAUCAACAACCAGUACAAUAGAUCGCGCAGCCCCAGCUUGCCAGAGAACAAGAACCCUCCGUACCCAAUCCCUCAGCGUGACAGCUCCAAGCGCGUACCGAGCAACCCUUACACAUCUAGCGAUGGCCGCAGCAGCCCUAUCAGAGGAGAUGCCUGGGUAACACGAAGCAACUCUCGUGACCAGUACAGCGCUACCAAUGUUCGCCGAGUUCGCUCCGCUGCCGCCUUACCAAAGUCGCAAAGACAGCGACGCGCUCGCAGCCGGUCACCGCCACCACUGUCCGUUUCCACAGAGGCGCCCGAAAGCCCUGGCCUGCCGCCUCUGCCACAGAACGACCUCACUUCGUCGUACAGCAGGGAUCGCAGCGGCAGCUACUACCACCGCCACCGUGCUGAUUUGUCUACCAAUACUGCACACACUCAUCACACUUAUAACACUGAUCCCAUGUCGGUUUCGCAAGACAGCGGCUCACAGACUAGUGGUGUUGUGGAUGCUAUUGCGCAGACCAUGGUUGGCGAAUGGAUGUUCAAGUAUGUCCGCAAGAGAAAGUCCUUUAGCGUACCCGACAGCGUUGUCAAGGACGAUGCUGGCAACGACAGACACAAGCGAUGGGUUUGGUUGGCCCCCUAUGAGCGCUCUAUUCUUUGGAGCAGCCGACAGCCAUCUUCUGGCAGCGCAUUGAUGGGCAAGAGUGGCAGAAAGCUGACGAUUCAAUCGGUGUUGGAUGUCAAGGAUGACAACCCUGCUCCCAAAACAUCUGGCCCUAUUUUCAACCGAUCUAUCCUCAUCCUCACCCCCCAGAGAGCACUGAAGUUUACAGCAACCUCGGCAGAUAGACAUUAUGUCUGGCUGACAGCCCUGUCUUUCCUGGCCCAUUCGACGCAAGCCAUUCCUGAAAUCAUGGCCGCCCCUCAAGCACCCUUGCCUAUCCAGCAACAGCCACUGCCUGAGUUUGAGUUGCCUCAGUCCAAGGUCCGUAGGGGUGGCAUUAGAGACUCGAUUCGCAUUGCCAAGGGCCGCACGUCGACCAAGGGCCCCGGAAGCGCACCAAGCAUUCCCAGCGCACCAACAUCUCGUCGCGGCGAGGGUACUGCGUUCCCGAUCCCGAUGUCGUCGGGCACUGUCGCCAGCAUGCACUUCCGAGAAGACUCGCGAGAGGCAGCUGUACCGCCCAUGAUUGCUCGUUUCAGUGACCGCACGGGCCCUGUGUCAUCUCAUGGACGCAAGAGAAGCAACACGGGCGGCCAUGUGCCCCCUCCACUGUCCUUUAGAGGCUUCUCUGGCCCGGUUGGCAGCCCUGCGUUGACGGACAGCACAGCCAACAACAGCGUGGAAACUGGCGCAUCAGACAUGAACCAUUCUCAUGCGUCCAGCAACACAACCUGGGCAGGCGAAUCCCAGCGAACAUCCGAGGCGUCUUCCCGCCCCGGAAACUUCUUUGACGCUGUGGGCACAGUCCGCAUGGAGGCCUUUAUCAGCCCUCUGGCACCAUUCAAGGCCAGUGAGGAUGUCGACGAGCGAGACGAUAUGCGCCGUCGAGCCCGCCGAAGAAGCAAGGAGAUCCGCCGCCGCAACAGCCGCAGUCGCCAGCGAGACAACUACUCUCGCGGUGGCAGAGGCUAUGAUGACUACUACGGAGGAAGCCGGACAGCCGGCGAAGAAGAAUACUUUCGCGAGGAUCCUUUCAAGGGAUUCUAA